AGGACGAGAUCGUAACACAUUUAUAACACGUUUGUAUAUUUAAAGCAUUUGGUGGUUUGUGUAGUUUUAUCAGUGAUCAAAACCUUUGUAAAAGUAUAAUAUCAAGCAUUAAUUAAUUAAGAGUUCUUUCCUCAUUUGUUUAGCCAAGCUUUUAGACCAGUUCUCCCUGUGUGUUAUUCAUAUAAUUCGAGCUGUCUGAACAUGUGAAUCAGACAUGUAACAAGAACCCUUGGCUUUACUGCUUAUAACAACGGUGUUAAACUAUUUCGACUGUACACAUUUGCGAAUGUGCAAAGUCAGUGACCAUCUGUAACCCACACAGACUUUAAAGAUGCCAGCAGGCGUAUCCUGGCCAAGAUAUCUAAGGAUGCUUACUGCCAGCAUGUUGUCAAUGUUUGCAGGAGCACAGGUCGUUCAUCAGUAUUACCUUCCUGAUUUGACAAUUCCAGACGUCCCACCAAAACCUGGGGAACUGAGAACAGAGCUUUUUGGCUUAAAAGAAAGACAAACAGACUCGGAGAAACAAUGACACAUUUAUUUGCUUUGUAAUUACUGUACAUAUGCACAUAAUGUUGGAAAGACUCCUGAGUAAGAUGAGACAAAAAUCUUAUUUUAUUCUGUGAAUAAAGUUAAUUGUACUUACA